AUGUGUAAUCCUUGUUGUCUUAUCGUAGGUUACAAUACAAGAUCUGAUGUGAUUGAUACUCCCAAUGGUUAUUCAGAACUUCCCGAAAAAAUCAUAUGUCCGUAUUGCUCGACUAUUACAAAGGCUGUAUAUCGUAGAGACGAUUAUAUAUUUACGAUAUGUUUUAUACCUACAUGUCCAUGUUGCAGUAGUUCUCCUUAUAUAUCAUGUCAAAACUGUAUGCGACAUCUUCCAACGAUUCGAGGCAAUCCUUGUAGAUCAUGCCACGUUUCAAGACCAUUUGAAGCUGAGUAUUGUCCUAAUUGUGGGACUAAAUGUUAUGGAGAAGUAAGAAAUUUAAGGGUUAAUUAA